AUGGACCAGAUUUUUCUACCCCGCCCGAUUCUCAAUCAAUUGAUGGAAGUAAGUUUUAUCACGGUAAUUUCAUCAUACAAUAUCGUUUAUACAUUUUCAGAUAGUGCGAACCUCGCUCUAUUGGAAUAUUGUCAAGUUCAAGCUGAAACUCAUCGCGCAUCGCGAUGUUCUGGUAAAAAUGCCACGUUUUACAGUAGAAAAUGCUCGAUUUCAGAUGAGAUUGCCUAUCAAUGAGUCUGCCAACCGCUUCGUCAACACUGCUUGCGUUCUGGAGAACUGCAUCCGUCACAACGGCUACGCUCAUCUGAGUGAUGACGAAUUCAAAGUUCGAUCCAUUUUCCUUUCCGGUAAACAUGCAACCCUUUUCGCUCAGGAUAGCAUGCAAAUCUUCGAUGUUGCCAUCCACAACGAGACCCUCAGAAUGGAAUUGGAAUCUGAACUUGAGACUGAUGACUGA